CGCCCUACAACCUCGUGGCAUUGUUCCUAGACACCAUCAGCGACAACGCUUUCCCAAAAGUUAUGGAUCUCAGAGCCAGCCUCGUCAAGGGUAUCGCAUCCGGCAUCGGUCUAGCCUCAGAGAGCAUAUCAGCCUAUAAGGCAAGUAGAGAAGAGAAAAAGGCGAAUGCAUCAGACACAGAUAAUACUGUCAGAGAAGCGAUUACGGAGGAUGCCGACGAAGUCGAGCAACUCAUCAACGAACAACAUGAAGAGGAAUGGGUUCUUGACGAGGCGCAAGAUGAAUUAGCUGGGGAUGAGCGGCGUGCCGACUCAGAACCUGCCGGUGGUGAUAUCGAGGGCUUAGCAGUCUCGUUUCUUCAGAAUUAUCCCGCUCCACCUCCGUACGCUCCCACGUCGGAUUCUCCCAGACUGUCUUGUCCUGUGGUGCUGCCUCAGCAAAGGCCGAAGUCUCGCAAGCGAGGUUUCAUUCGAGCCUAUGCUCCUGUUCUGGAGGAUUUUGGUAUCGACAAGUCUAUAUUUCUUGACUUUCUGGAGACGUCGAACCGAGCGUGUCAGGCGACUCCAUGGUUGCAAGCUAUUAAUUUGGCUUCUAUUGGGACUAUGUUCAUUCCUGAGCCUAUUUCGAUAGCUGUUUCGAUUUUGAUACAGUUGGCGACUGAUGUGGCUAUGGCUGUUGAUGGUAGGAGAAGGACGAACAAAUUCUUUGACAAGAUCAAUGAUGAGUUCUUCCGCCCUCGUGGCCUUUUCUGUUUGGUUAUGACAUGGAAGCCCGGGUCUGAUUCGCCUUACGCUACCUUCGAUAUGAACUCCACGAUAUCCGCGGCCAUCGAGCAUGGUGGAGCAGGGUUGAUGAACAAGGUUCGGCAUAGACUCAAGUCAUCGGAUGCUAAGACGCACGGCGUUUUGCCCUUCUCGGAGUGUGCCCCUCUUAUCUUUCCCGACCUGGAUGAGUUAGCAGAACAUCGAGGAGACAAUCAGUCGAAACUGAAGGGUACGAAGCGAAGAAAGGAGUUCGUCUCGGAUUACUGGGACCGGAGGUCACAGGCCAAAUUUAUGAUGAAGAACCCCGAUAGUGCUUUGAGCCAGGGUCAUAAGCCAACGUUCACAUCACGUUAUGCCGACCCUAGCCAUCCUGCCAGCAGCGGCUCCUUGGUCGGCCUACUUACGGGUGGACAUAUGACUGGUGAGAGAUUAGUGCAACUUCGAAGUGGCGGAAUUGGAACCGAUAGAAGAAGAGGUCUCGGCAGGCAGUCAAUUGAAUCGCCACCUUUGUCCCUUGGAGGGCUGGCGGCUGGUAUUCGUGCAGCCAGGUUCGGACGAUUACCGAUGGAAGAUCCACAAGGGCAGGAUGAGAUGCACCGCGAAGAGAGUUAUCAGCAUUCACCUGCUCAUACUUCGUAUGGUGGCCAAAGCGUUCCUGGUCGUGGACGGGGAGUCAGAGACAUUCGCCAGACAGGACCUCUAGGAAGUCCCAUUGGAGGAAUCAAGAAGCUGCUGAAAGAGAACAUUAUUUAUCUCAUGAUUGUCAAUAUGCCUUCGGAGGAAGAUAUGGAGGCAGCUCGGCGGAUUCUCCAGUCGUGAUCACUGUUUUGAUUUUGCAUCGAUCAGUCGCUUUAUUCUUUAGCGGGGCUUGGUAAUUUUGCGGCUUUAUUGAUAUUUUUUGGUG